CAGCAGCAGUCGCGGUCGACUCGUCACUCGUGUUGUAGCGCUGACGGAGUGCAGACGAUCGUUUCUGGUUCCCUUCGAUCGGUGCCGGCAAGUGGUGGGUGUGUACGGAUCGCGUUCUCUCCCGAUCUCUCGGCGCAAAAGCAGACGCACAGGAGCUCGUCUCUCAUCAGUAGACACCAGUCAUGGGAGGAUAUGCAUGGGUUACAUUGGCUACAAAUGAUGCUUAUUCGUUGGGAGCAUUGGUCCUGGCACACUCCCUACGUCGGGUCGGUACCAAGUACGAAUUGGCUUGUUUGAUCACUCCCGGAGUUACGGAACCGAUGAGAGAAAAAUUGGCGGCAGUAUUCUCCUUGGUACAGGAAGUCAAUGUUCUCGAUUCGAAGGACGAGGCAAAUCUGGCCUUACUGGCUAGACCAGAGUUGGGCAUCACUUUUACCAAAUUACAUUGCUGGAGGCUAACUCAGUACGAGAAAUGUGUGUUCAUUGACGCAGAUGCGCUUGUCGUACGCAAUUGCGAUGAGCUGUUCGAGCGCGAGGAACUAUCGGCCGCACCCGAUGUCGGCUGGCCUGAUUGUUUCAAUUCCGGAGUAUUUGUGUUCAGACCAUCUCAACAAACGUUUGCAUCAAUCACCGCAUUCGCCGCGGCCAAGGGCUCGUUCGACGGUGGCGAUCAAGGCUUAUUAAACAUGUACUUCAGCGACUGGGCCUCUAAGGACAUUUCCAAACAUCUACCAUUUAUUUACAAUAUGUGUUCUACCGCGACGUACUCGUAUUUGCCUGCAUUUAAGCAGUUUGGGGAGGACGUGAGAAUAAUACACUUCAUUGGCAUAACAAAACCUUGGUUACAGUAUUUCGAUACCCUAACCGGUGUCGUUCAACCACCGUCAGGAUCUACGCAUUUGCAACCGCUGUUGCAAUUGUGGUGGAACAUAUUCUGCGAGCAAGUGCAUCCACAAUUAUCGCCUUCUAUGGCCACCAGCACAUUGGCUCCAAUUUGGCACGCAUUUGCAUCCUCGUCCUACCUACAUCCUGUUCCCGAUAUUUCCGUUUACUAUGAUGCAAGAAACGACGUUGUUUCUCGAAAAACGCCGGAUUUUUCGGAAUUUAAAGAUCCUUGGGAAGAGUACUCUCCGCAAAAUGAUUCAUUACCAACUGAUAAUAGCAACAAGAAUGAAAAUUAUUAUUACGCAGCAGAACAUGAGAGAGAGAUUGCGGAUGUUGAUCGUCAGAAUGAUGGCAAUAUAUCUCAACAGCACAAUCAGCAAUUUCAUUACGAGCAACAUUUUUCUCAUGCGCCUGCACAAAUGCAAUAUAGUUCGCAUCCUAAUAAUGAACAUAAUCAACACCUAGAACAUGCGACUUCUCAUUAUGAAGAGAACGAUAGUCAAAGACAAUUUGUACAAUCUACUGAACAUCACUGGCAGCAAUAUAGUAGUGACCAAAGACAUCAGCCAGUCGAACAGAGACACCAUCCUGAGCAUUGUCACAACGGGCAACAUUAUCAUGAACACCAUCAUAAAAGACACCAUCAUAGUAAACAUAGUGAGCAUCAUCAUUCUGGACAACUUCAACAACAUGAUUAUUAUAAAACGGAUGAUCAUCAUAUCCAGCAUCAGCCAGUUCAACAACAAUCGCAUUCUAACGAAACGUGGUAUGAGAAUCGUGCGCAACAGGCCAGUGACCAAACUGCUCGUGCGGAUCAUCACAAUCAUAACGAUUUCCAUCCACAGCAUCAUAUCCAAAAUAAUAGUACACAAGACAAUUUUACAUCUCACUAUCAAAGUAAUGAGAAAAAUAGCGAACAAUCGGAAACUACGAAUAAGCAGACAGACGCGCAGAGAAUCGACCUCCAUCCUUCCUCUCCUGCACCCUGUACAGAUCUCCACAAUGUAGCCAUGCGAACUGACUCGAAUAUAACGGAACAUCUAGACAAUGCAAAUACGGGUAUCGCCGGUGCCUUGGCUCAGCUAACAUUGGGUGAAGCGAGGAGUGUCGAGCAAAUAGCCUUGGAGGAGCACAUGAGGAAGCAGAGCUGGGAGCAGGGACAGAUCGACUACAUGGGCCGCGAUAGCUUCGACAAUAUAUGGAAGAAGAUCUGCGAGACACUUUCUCUUUCGCCGCAACGUCAACCAACCCCACCUAAAGAGGAAACCACUGAACCAAAGAAGAGCGAUACUACUGCUGAAUCUGCUGAGCCUGUUAAAUCUGCUGAGCUUAUUAAAUCUGCUGAGCCUGCUGAAUCUGCUGAACUAAAGACUGUUGCACCUGUAGAUGUCAAAGUGAACGAACCAGUUGUUGAGGCGGUCAAGGAUCCAACGCAAUCUUUAGAAGCUCCCGAGGAGAAGCUUUCGGUAGCGGAAACUGCGUCCGGGAUUAGUGAUGAAAGCGUCAUCAUCGCGCAAUCAUCCGAGCAGAAAGCACCUGCGUCAUCUUCCGAAGAAAGUGUCACGGCGAAAAUUGCUGCAGCAGAGGUACCCAGCGAACCGAUACAACCGGCCGCGACACCGACAGAAGCAAAAUCAAGCGAAACCAGUACUGAAUUGCCUUCUACCCAAGAAUUGACACCUGAAGGCAAAAGCGAAAGUCUUCCCGUCAAAACGCAGCAAACUGAUUUGCAAGCAUCCACGUGUCUCUUGGCGGAUGCCGCCUCCAAGGGAGAAGAAAUCACGCCCGUUACGCAAACUGCCGAAGUAGAAACUCCAGCUUCCGCUACUCAAGACGCAACGCAGCCACUUGCAAGCACUUUAAUUAGCGUAGAUAGUCCACAAAGCAUCGCUGCUUCGCCAAUAGAAACUGCGAAACCUGUUACCGAACCCGAUAUAAUGCAACCUCUCACGAUAGAUCCGAGUGAGCAGCACGCCGAGGUGCUGUUGGCGGCCUCUGAAAUUUCCACCGUGAGUCCCGUGCCUAUCCAGGUAGCAGAAUCGGUUCUCCAGGCGGAACCCAAAGAGUCCUUGUCAGGAACGGCUAUAAACGAUGAAGCAAUCGCCACGACCGUCACGGCUGUGCACGAAUCUACGAAUGUCGCUCCCGCAGCGAUCACAGUGGAACCAACUCAAUUGAACGGAUCGGUUUGCGAGAAACGUGACGACCUAGUUCCCGCUGUAUCGGAAAGAACUGAUGCUUCUGCUCUUCAGCAGACGAAAGAAGCAGCGAGCGACUUAGUUAUUACGAAAGACGUGCCAUCAGAAGCACCUUCGGCUACUAUAAAGAAGGUAGAGUCCGUUAGCAGCGUGGUGCCUCCGGAAACGUCAUCUGAAGAGGAGAAGAAAGCGGAACCUGUUGAAGAACAGACUGAGAGACCAGUAGUAGUGCCGGAAGCGAAAUCUACGGAACAGAUCGUAAAGACGGAAACGUCAGAGCUUACCGAGCAACCUGAGCAAGCCGAGAUAAUGGAAGAGAUAGCGAGAAAAUCGUCCAGUGAAAUUUCAGAGACGUUAGAGAUCGCCGAGUCAAGUUCGGCGGAAGAAUCUGAAGCGAAAAAAGCGCUCGACAUCCCGUCGACACCGACGGUGAUCGAGGCUACACCGCCGACCAGUCCGUCUGUGGAGAGCACGCAGGAAGCGGAGGAGAGGCAAGAAGCCAGGAAGAAGAGCCUAAAGAAGUCCGAUUCGCCGCCAGAUGGUACAGAGGGGGAAGGUGCGGACAAAAAGGCGAAGAAGACGGUGAAGAAGGUGCCGAAGAAGCCGAAGACGAAAUCCGAGGAGACGACUCCUUCGGCGGAGAGCGCAACCGCUGCGGAUACUUCGCAGGGCAAGGUCACGAAGAAGACCGUCAAGGUCACGAAGAAGAUCGCGAAGACCGGACAGACUCUAGAAACAGACACCAGUGUCCCGGAAACACCACCGCCGCCAGCCAGCGCAGCCUCCUCCGACGCGCCUGUUCCACCUAAACGGAAGACGAAGAGCAGCAUUAGCGCGAAGGGAACGACCUCAGGCAAGAAACCCGAGGCUGAAGAGUGAUCCGAAUCGAUGACGAUACCUAAUAAAUCCGAGAGACCGGAAGAGAGGUCUUUUAAACGUUUGCGAUGGACGGGGAUGCAAAGUCGAAGUCUAGAGCUCUUUAACCCUUUCGAGACUUCGCGUUUUUGAAAGACUAAAUAUUUUCGCGCGCAAAUUUUUUUGUCUUUUAUAGUUUUAUUAAGAUGUGAAGUUUUGUUGAGAGUCAGGAUGAGAAAUUUCGCUUAAUCUACCUGAUUAGUUAUUGAAAUUCAAUAGCUUCCUUUAAAAGAAUAAAAAGAAAGAAAAAAGACAGCGAUAAAAACUAACCCAGCCGUCUCGGAAGGGUUAAAGGACACUUGGCAAUUGAAGAUUAUAUACUUGCUAGUCUGUUACACAGUUUUUUGAUACUUUUAAUAUAAUCUCGCAAGAAAGAGUCUCUAUAUCGUCGUUAAGCUUGAUACCGCCGGGAUAUUCGCCGGAAGUAUCGAGCGAUACCCGAGAGUUUAAUCGACAUCGCAAUAAAAUUUAUAUUUAUAUCAACUGCAUUACUUCACACACUUAUCUUUAUAUACAAUGUUAUUUUUUCUUUUUUUUAUCGAUGAUAUUACUUCUUUAUAUAGCUUCCCCUUUAUGUAGCUUGUUUUUAUUUAUCUUUUUACAUAUCGUACUUGUGUAACUACCUGUUUUCUCAAGUCAAGAUGUUACUCGGACGGGGUCUCGCAUAUUCCGCAUAAGAUAUAUACGGGUUUACUAUAUACAACUUGAUGUAUACUCUGCCCGAGGAACGCGAGCUUGAAUGUCUUAUCGUGAGCGAGCAUUUUAUAUUCGUCUAUUUGCUUUAGUACAUUUGAUAGAUCGCAAGAAGAAGAGAAAACUAUAGCUGUGAUUGAUCAGUUCUGUUGAAUCACGUUUAAAAUUUAUGCGAGUCAAUUUAUGCCAGCCAGCAUUGUUGAGCCUAGCAAUCAGCUGUUCGCUGUCAAUUAUCAUUUGUGAAAUUAUCACGAAGAGUUGAUGUUUUAUAUAUAUUAUAUAUAAUAUUAUGCAAUGUUUUAUACAAGAUGUCUGGAAUAAAAUCGGAACAAACUUUGACGACAUGCUCGAGAAAUGAUAAUCAUGAUAAGUAAAAAGAAUUUCAAUAAAAUACACCCUAAAUUUCUCGAAUAUGCUGGUGAAGUUUGGUUUUCGCUCGGAAACACUUGCUCUUGUGCAUUGUAACAUGUAAUAUUACGCAUGGAAUUUUAUCAUCGCUUAUUUACAUCAAUCGAGUGAAACGAAUAAUUUUAAAAAAAUUCAUCAACAAGCCUACUAAUUUAUAUUAUAUGUACGAAAUUAAUGCAAACGCGUUGCGAAAACAGCAACUGAGAUAUUGCGCGAGGAAUCUAAACCGAUCAUUUUUCUUUAUAUACUUACAUAUAUACACAUUAAAUUAUAUUUUUCAGUGUGUAUUUUUACUCUGU